CUACGCCGACGACAGGCAGUGACAGUUCCCAUUGCCAUUCCACGAAGCCAAGAUUCGAAGAGUCCCGACAUCUCUAACUCGCUCCCACUGUACCGCUCCCGCUCCAUCGCUCGUUGCUCGAAGGUGGUGUUUGUUGCUUGCUCAUCUCGGAGCUUUUCGAGUGAUUAGCCGCUCGUGAAGCGGAGCAAGCUUUGUGAGCAGCGCGGGCGACGGCGUGGGACGGGAUGAAGCACGUGGCGUCGCCCUGAGCGGGAAGAAAGCUCUGCCCCGUCCGUCCUUUCGCGGCUCGCUCGACAUCCUUUCUUGACUCGCACGACCAACACCUACAGCGGCCGGCAAAUACCCUACACAGCCAUGGUCACCGAAGCAGCAUACCCCCUGCCUCCUGUCAAGAAGCAGCUCAUCGUCUUUGACUUUGAUUGGUCCCUCGCCGAUCAAGACUCAGAUCGAUGGGUUCACGAAGCCCUUUGCCCGCGGCUGAGGAGGAAGAUGAAGUCCCUCAAGUCGUCCGUCCAAUUCACAGACCUCUGCGCCCAGCUCCUCGUAGAGCUGCACGAAGUCGAGGGAAAGUCGCGCGAGGAGAUUGAGGAGGCAAUGAGGGCUAUGCCAUUUCAUCCGGCAAUGAAGCGCGGCGUCAAGAACCUCAAGCAGCACUCUUCACCGGCAACUACGCUCUUCCUCCUCUCCAACUCCAACACAAUCUACAUCGACACCAUCCUGCGUCACCAAGGCCUCGCGCCUGGCGUCUUCGACGAAGUGGUGACGAACCCCGCCUCCUGGUCCACAGAGGGCUGCCUGCAACUCUCCCGCCGAGUGCCCGCAGAUGCAGCAAAGCAACAUGGCUGUACAGUGGGUUGCAGCCCCAACAUGUGCAAGGGCGAGGAGCUCGAAGCCUUCCUUGCGAGACAUGGCGGUUUUGAGGCGUUCGACCGUAUCAUGUACGUGGGGGAUGGGGGGAACGACUACUGCCCACUGUUGAGGAUGAGAGAGGGCAAAGACGUGGCAUUUGUGCGGAGGUUCAGGGGAUUGGAGAAGCGCAUCAAGGAGGAGGGAGGCGUCAAGUGCGGGAUCAGAUGGUGGGCGGGAGCGUGGGAGGUGGAGACGUUGAUGGAUGAGAGUCGCGGCGUGUUGACGGACGGCGAGAAGGCGUAAAGGCAGCGAGGAAGCACGAAAAUCCGGUGCUGUGGACUCGACGCUGUAAUUGCAAGCUACGCUACCCUCAC